AUGGAGAACAAGUGUGGACUCUCGACAGCAAUGGUGGUAAUUACAUCUCUACUUAGUGUCAUUUUCAUGCUUAAUCUCACACCAUCAAUUGCCCAAGAAAUCACCGAGCUAGAUGAGAAGAAAAGCAGCUUACAAACAUACAUUGUUUACGUCAGAAAGCCGGAGGGCAGAAUUACUAUGGAAUCAGAAGAUUUAGAGAGCUGGUAUCAAUCAUUUCUACCUCUAAGCAUCGAUAGCUUGAAGCAGCAGCCACGCAUGGUUUAUUCGUACCGAAACGUGGCUACUGGUUUUGCAGCAAGAUUGACAGCCGAGUAGGAAGCGAAAGCCAUGGAGAAGAAAGAUGGAUUCAUUUCGGCACGUCCAGAAAGGAUUCUGCCCUUGCAGACAACUCACACUCCUAACUUCUUGGGGUUGCACAAGGAGGUGGGAUUUUGGAAAGGCUCCAAUUUCGGCAAGGGUGUGAUUAUUGUACUUUUGGACACCGGGGUAUUGCCGGAUCAUCCUUCAUUUAGCGAUGAAGGAGUGCCUUCCCCGCCUGCUAAAUGGAAAGGCAAGUGUGAAUUCAAUGGCGCAGUGUGUAACAACAAAUUAAUCGGAGCAAGAGUUUUCCAUAAAGGAAGUCAAGUAGUGGGAGCUGCACCAUUUGAUGACGUAGGGCAUGGCACUCACACAGCCAGCACGGCAGCUGGAAAUUUUGUAAAAGAUGCCAAUGCACUUGGGAAUGCUAAGGGUACUGCGGUUGGCAUGGCACCUUUCGCCCACUUGGCAAUCUACAAAGUAUGCUACCCAAAUGUGGGUUGUGCUGAGAGUGACAUGUUAGUUGCGCUAGACACUGCUGUUGAGGAUGGUGUGGACGUGCUUUCCCUUUCUAUUGGCGGAGGCUCUAUUCCUUUCUUCCAGGACGGCAUUGCAUUGGGUGCAUUCAGUGCAAUCCAAAAGGGAAUUCUUGUGAGUUGUUCUGCUGGGAAUUCUGGUCCCUUCUAUGGUUCUACAUCGAACGAGGCCCCAUGGAUUCUCACAGUUGGAGCAAGCACCAUUGACAGAACCAUAAAGGCAACGGCACAGCUUGUAAAUGGGGAAGAAUUUGAUGGCGAAUCACUAUUCCAGCCUCGAGAUUUCAAUCCAAAAUUGUUGCCUCUUGUUUAUGCAGGUGCAACUGGUAAUAGCUCUUCGGCUUUCUGUGACCCGGGUUCAUUGAAAGACAGCGAUGUGGAGGGAAAGGUAGUGUUGUGUGAGAGAGGUGGGGAGAGUGGAAGAAUUGUCAAAGGCGAAGUAGUUGCACUUGCUGGUGGAGCUGCCAUGAUUCUUAUCAACCAAGAGGCUGAUGGCUUUUCUACCCUUGCUGAUGCUCAUGUACUUCCCGCUACACAUGUCAGCUACUCUGCGGGGUUGAAAAUCAAAGCCUACAUCAACUCAAGCUCAGCACCAACGGCAACAGGGGAGUCAUCGGCUCCGACAGUUGCCUCCUUUUCUUCCAGAGGACCAAGCACCGCCAGCCCAGGAAUUCUAAAACCAGACAUUAUUGGACCCGGCGUUAACAUUCUUGCUGCAUGGCCUGUUCCUCUGGACAACAACACGAAUUCGAAAUCAACAUUUAAUGUUAUUUCCGGCACCUCAAUGUCAUGCCCUCACCUCAGUGGCAUCGCAGCUUUGCUCAAGAGUUCACACCCUAACUGGUCGCCUGCUGCCAUUAAGUCCGCAAUCAUGACCACCGCUGAUUUACUAAACCUUGAAGGAAAGAAAAUUGCCGAUCAAAGGCUUCUUCCCGCUGACAUCUUUGCCACCGGCGCAGGCCAUGUUAACCCAUCAAGAGCAAACAAGCCGGGGCUGGUUUACGACAUCCAACCCGACGAUUACAUUCCUUAUUUAUGCGGUUUGAACUACACAGAUGAAAUGGUAGGGGUUAUUGUGCAACGCCCGAGGGUGAAGUGCUCAGAAGUUGGAAGCAUACCUGAGGCACAACUGGAUUAUCCUUCGUUUUCAAUUAUACUGGGGUCUAGCUCUCAGACUUACACGCGGACGGUGACAAAUGACGUCGGCCGAGCUAACUCAACUUAUACUCUGGAGGUUGCGCUUCCUACAGGGAUAGCUUUGGCAGUAGGACCUUCAGAGAUCACAUUCACAGAGGUGAACCAGAAGGCGACUUACAGCGUGACAUUCAUCCCACAAAGCAAUAGGGUACGUAAUCAGAGUUUUUCUCAGGGAUAUCUGAAAUGGGUUUCUGAUAGGUACUCCGUUAGAAGUCCAAUAUCUGUCAUUUUCGAAUGA